ACAGUCGAUUAUUCUAAAACAAAUGCACAUUCAAGAAAUAAAUCUUUCGAGACUCUUUAUCUCAUAGGGUCAGCCCUCAUCUACCUCAAGGGCCCCGAGUUCCUCAUCUAUGUGAGCGGAGCGUUAUCUAUGUGGGGUGAUCGCAUGUGGCAUUUCGCCAUCUCUGUCUUCCUGAUUGAGCUGUAUGGGCAUAACCUGCUGUUAACUGGCAUCUUUGGACUGGUGGUGGCCGGAUCGGUGCUCUUAUUAGGGGCUUUGAUUGGAGACUGGGUUGACCGCAACCCAAGAAACAAAGUGGCCCACGCAUCCCUAUUUAUUCAGAAUAUCUCAGUGACUGUCUGCAGCAUCGUGCUCAUGUUGGUAUUCUCAUACAAAAAGCGGAUUGAGGAAAUCUGGGAUGGGUGGCUAACUGUGGUUUGUUAUACGGUGGUGAUCGUCCUGGCAAAUGUGGCGAACCUCGCCAGCACAGCUCUCACCAUUGCCAUCCAGAGGGACUGGAUAGUGGUGAUCACAGGCUACAACCGUGGUCAUCUCGCAGGAAUGAAUGCUACAAUGAGGCGGAUCGAUCAGGUGACCAACAUCCUGGCUCCACUGGCAGUGGGUCAGGUAAUGACCCUGUCCUCUAAUGUGGUUGGCUGUGGCUUCAUUUUAGGAUGUAAUCUGGUGUCCCUCAUUGUAGAGUUCAUCUUCCUCUCCAGAGUCUACCGGAUCGUACCAGCACUGUCCAUCAAACCACCAGCUAUGGAACAUCAAAGCUAUUUAGAGAAGAAAAGAGAAAGAAAACGCUCACAAGCAUGUCCAGCUGCUGCCAUCUCCGAGGAAAACACCAGCAUGCAUUUACAAGAAAUAAGCCGAACACCAGUGUGCCUUCAUCGGCUGCGUGGGCUCCUCAGCACCUGCCGGGAAGGAUGGAGGGCGUAUUACAGACAGCCUGUUUUCCUAGCCGGCCUGGGCCUGGCCUUCCUUUACACCACAGUGCUGGGCUUUGACUGCAUCACCACCAGCUACGCCUACACCCAGGGCAUUAGCGGCUCAUUGCUCAGCAUACUGAUGGGCAUGUCAGCUGUGGCAGGGCUUUUGGGUACUGUGCUUUUCACAAAGCUGCGGAAAACAUGUGGCCUGGUCAAUACUGGAGUCAUUUCCAGCUGUCUGCACCUAGUUUGCCUGUUGCUUUGUUUGUGCUCCGUGUUUGCCCCCGGUAGCCCAUUGGACCUCAGUGUGCUAAAUAUCAAGAAUGCGUCAGAUGUGGGUGGGAUGACCGGAGGUCACCAGAGGCACGGAUACCCACUGCGUGGAAGCAUCAACCAGCCUUUGCUGCCAGACCGUUCCUCCAUUCACUGGACCAAUAACAUUGUGCUGUUUGAGAACGUGCCAGCAGGGACAGAACCCGAAUCUUACAUCUCCAUCAUCCUGCUGUUCCUUGGAGUUAUUACAGCUCGAGUUGGUCUCUGGUCCUUUGACCUGACAGUGACUCAGCUCUUGCAGGAGACCAUAUGUGAAUCAGAGCGUGGGGUGGUGAAUGGAGUCCAGAGCUCCAUGAACUACCUGAUGGACUUGCUGCACUUCAUCAUGGUCAUCUCUGCACCCCAGCCACAACACUUCGGCAUCCUUGUCAUCAUCUCCAUCCUGUUCAUUUUCACGGGACACACCAUGUACUUCCUGUAUGCCAGAAAAGUCAAGAAGAAACCAUGUACAAACACAUAA